AUGAUAAUUCUUAUUUUUCUGUGGAUACUAUUCCUGAAAAUAGUCUACCAUGAUGAUGAAUGUGCUUCCAUUGUUCAUACAAAAUCAUCUCACAAAUAUCAAAUCUUCUCAUCUAAACAUCAUUGGAUUGAUUCGCGAUUAAAACUACAUCACACAACCAUUCUUGGCACUCAUAAUAGUUAUCAUAAAAGCAACCGAUUCUAUCGGUAUGAACAUUCCGAUCUCGAUGUUCAAUUGAUGUCUGGCAUCCGACAAAUUGAACUAGAUAUUCACGUAAGUCAUAAGAAUUAUCUUGUGUUUCAUUUACAAAUCAUCGAUGAUCGAAGCAAUUGCUACUGUUUUAAUGAUUGCUUAUUGAAAAUUCGUCGAUGGAUCGAGCGAAAUCCCAGUCAUUACCCUAUUUUUUUAUUUAUUGAAAUCAAGCAACGAUUGUAUGAAGAUUUUCUCACGGCAUUCACCGGUGGCAUUCAAUGUGAACAUAUCUACUCUCUGAAACAGCAAAUUUUAGAAGUCUUCUCUUCUGAUUCGUUGAUUUUGCCGGAUUUCAUUCGUGGACAUCAUCGUUCAAUAAAAACUGCUCUAAAAAACCAACGAAAUGAUGAGCUAGGCGGAGAUUAUGAAUACAGAAAGUAUGGUUGGCCACCGAUCUCAUUAUCCUUGGGGAAAAUUUUGAUCAGUAUCAUUGACGAUCGAUUUAAUCUUUUCAUUGAUCUAAUUCCAACGUGUAAACCAUUAACUAAUUUCUUUUUCAUCUGUCAAUCCAAUCUCAAUGUGUCCUACGCAUCGAUUGUUAGCAUAGGAAAUCCACUAGGAAAAGAACAACUUAUCAUGUCUAGUCACAUCAAUGGGCAACUUACACGCACGUUGAUCGGUUACGGUGGUGAGCAAUCUUUUCGUCGAUACAUUCAAGCUCGACGGUAUGGGAUUCACAUAAUCAGUACGGAUUUCGUUCAAUGCAAACAUUCCAAGCUAUGUCAAAGUACUACCAGCGAUUUUCCAGGUUCUACGCCAGUCAUAUGCAAUCAUGUACUCGCUCCGAGUUUUUGCAAUCUAUCAAUAAACUAUCUUUGA